AAAAUGAGGAGACUCAGAAAAGGCUUCAUUUAGCAGGAGCCAUUUGAGGUGGGAAUAAGGAGGGAAAGGCAUGGCAAGUUCAGGGAGCAGCCAGCAGCAGGUCAGUUUGUCUAGGUCACAGAGUGCAUGAAGAGCAGCAAUGUACAGAACUUAGAAAGGUAGGCUGGAGAUUGUGAUGGGGGACUGUAAAUACCAAAUGAGUUAUAUUUAAUUCCAGAAGCAAUAAAAAGCUGAUGAAGCUCCUUGAGCAGACUUAUAGAACUUAUGCUUUAAGAAUAUCAAUUUGGCAACUGUUUGGGGGGUGGUGGGAAAGAAGGACAUGAGGCCUGGGUUCAGGGAGGAAAGAAAGGUAAUACUGGAGUGUGGACAUUCAAAGUGGGAGAUGGCCACAGGAAUAUUGGAGGGGAGAAAGAAGCUGCCACCUGAAGCAUGGAGCCCAUCCCUGAGGUCUUGCUGUCUCCUCAGAAAAUUUCUGACAGGUAUCCCAGAAUUCAGAAGAUUCUUAAGAGUGAACAAGCCUGCUGCUAUCUCUUGCCAUUUCCUGGGAAAAAAGUAGCAAUUAGCAGCAGUGGAAAUCCAGAAGACAUGGAUCCAGAUUUCUCUCGCUAUCUGCAUGACUUCAUCACUGAUGUUUGCAAUUCAACCACCCAGCAUGUGAAAAGGCACUCAGAUGGACAUAUUCUCACUGGGGAGGAAUUAGCUGAGAACAUCAAGACACUCUUCAACCUAUUACAGACAAAAGAAUUUGGAUAUUCAUCCUCGUAUGUGUCGGUGGUUACUCUACUCCAAGAUGAGAGGUUGAUUGAAGAUUAUCAACAAGAGUUGGAGGACUUUGUGAAGGAACAGGAUUCUUCCGCAAAGUCCAUGUCGGAUUGUUUGAAGACUGUUCCUAGAGUCAUGUGGACACGCCUCUCAACUAAGAAAGAUACCAUCUUAAAUCAUGUCAAAGAAAAUUUGAAGAGUCCAGGGAAGAACCAAAUCAUGAACAAGUUUGAGACACAGAUUGAGAAGAGAAUUAAUGACUUCUAUAAAUCCUAUAAAAAACGUUUCUGUGGCUGUACUGCUGCCGUGGGUGGACUUGUGGGGGCUAGUUUGGUGGCGGUUGCAACUGGUGGUGUAAUGGCAGUUGGUGUGGCAGCCACUACUUUGACUAUGGAGGCUGCAGCUGUGGUCACAGGGUCCACUGUGGGUGCCACAGUGGCUGGGGGUAGUAUAGGGGCUGGCAUUGGGGCUGCUGUGGGUAUGGCCAAAGGAAGGAAAAAACAAAUUCCUGAAGAGGGAGAGGGAAAACCCCUUCUCGGGAAUGAUGAAGGAACCCUGGAAACCAAGUAGAAAGAAAGAGGGAGGGAGAAAAAGUAAUGAAAUAUAAGGCCCUUUGGGUUACCAGAUCUGACUUGUUUAACAGGGUUAGGGGACUGGGGUGGUGUCUAUGAUACUGUUGGAUAUUUGACCCAGCAGGUAAGAGGUGGACUCAGAUUUACUGACUUAGUAGAAUGAAGCAGUGCUUAGGCCA